AUGUCCACCUCAUCGCAGAUGCGACACGUACUGCGAACCCUGCGUACAGUCAUUUUACAGUGCGACCUUUCAGGCCCCGAUGCAGAUCUCGUUGUGGAGCCCAUCGUGCUCAUGUGCCCCAUCACGCGAAAUAUGUUCCGCGACCCGGUGGUGCUUUUCGACUCUGGUCACACGUACGAGAGGAGCGCUAUCGUAUCGCACUUCCAGUGCAACGGAGCCAAGGACCCGCUCACGGGUCUCGCCCUGAGCAGCGCGAGGGUGACGACGAACUGGGCGGUGAGACAGAUUGUUCGGGAUUGGCUGGACAAGCACCCGGACGUGACGCCCGACGGGUGGGACGGUCGGGAGCUUCUGGAGCCGUCUAACGAUGACAGGACGCGAAUAAUUGACGACGAGGGUGACGUCGGAGUGCUCCGGACAUGGCGUGCGAUGUGCCCUGCACUGCAGAGGAGGUGGCCGGAGGCUGCGCGACCGGAGCACUGGGAAGGGGUGACGAUGGAAAACAGCCGGGUGGUGAAGCUCGAGUUGGGUGAGUUUGGCCUGACCGGAGCGGUGCCAGCUGAGAUUUGGCGUCUGGGUGCGUUGAGGAAGUUGAACCUCAGCCGCAAUCAGCUGACGAGCGUGCCGGCGGAGAUCGGGCAGCUCACGUCGCUGACCGAGGUGCACCUCUUUUCCAAUCAGCUGACGAGCGUGCCGGCGGAGAUCGGGCAGCUCACGUCGCUGAGGCAGCUGCACCUCGGCGGCAAUCAGCUGACGAGCGUGCCGGCGGAGAUCGGGCAACUCACGUCGCUGGAGUGGUUGAGCCUCAACGGCAAUCAUUUGACGAGCGUGCCGGCGGAGAUCGGGCAGCUCACGUCGCUGAGGUUGUUGCACCUCGACGGCAAUCGGCUUACGAGCGUGCCGGCGGAGAUCGGGCAGCUCACGUCGCUGGAGUGGUUGAGCCUCAACGGCAAUCAUUUGACGAGCGUGCCGUCGGAGAUCGGUCAGCUCACGUCGCUGAUCGUGUUGUACCUCAACGGCAAUCAGCUGACGAGCGUGCCGGCUGCGAUAAGGGACCUGCAAGGCAAUGGUUGUGACGUGAAGCUGGACACGGGCGUUAUAAUCGAAGACCUGGAGGCGCAGGCGGAGCGACGGAGACGCGCGAACGAGGAAAUCCUCCGCGCGGCUGCCGAGCAGCAGUUCCAAGCCAGGUUUUACGGUUCACCUCACUGA